CGAGCCUCAGCCCCGCGCUGUAGGGAGGAGGAGAGGGAGCGGCCCGGCCGCGAGCUCAGUGCCGCCGCGGAGGCCGGGGGCUGGCGGCGAAGGAGCCAUGCCCGGUCCCGCCCUGGAGCGCUGAGGCGGAGAUGCCAUAAAAGGCUCCCCUUUGUCACUGUGGAGGAGAAUGCCCACACCAAAGACGUGGUGUUAAAGCCAACAGUGUGUCCAGGGAGGAAUGCAGAUCUGAUACACUGGCUUCUCAGCAGCUUUGGUGCUAGAAGUAGCGUGUUGAACACUUCGGAAAGGCAGUGGAAGCGAACUGCUCUAUGGAUAACAUCUUGGGCUCCACUGCACCUACAUAGAAUAAGCAAACUAGAAGCCCUGAAGUCGCAGAAGAAAACGAUUGCUCAGAAAAGCAGAAAGGAUACAGUACAUGCAGCUGGAGUUGUUUUGGAAGCUGUAUCCAUCCAGGAUUAAAAGAACUUCUCUAGCUUGAAAGCGAUGGGAGAUUUAACUCCAGAGAAGCUUUGAAGAAAAUGAAUGUUCCUGUGUUUCCAAGGUAUCACGCAGCAAGUGUCUGAAAGUGGAGGUUGGAGGAUGCCUCUGCUCAAGAUGGAAAAUAGAUGAUCCUUUCAGCCCAGAAUAAGAAAUUAGAAGUUGUGCAGUGUUUAUUAAUUCUCCCUUCUACUCAAGUAGCAUGAAUAAAAGAUAAAUAUGAAAUUGCAUCUCUUCAUGGUAUAAUGAACUCAGCGUCAAAUCUCUGGCCUACCUACCAUGGCUUUUCCCACAGGAAAGAAAGCCUGGAUGAAACACCCACCAAGGCUGUCCUUCCACUUGUCUUACUUUACCAUGCCAGGUGUAUGUUAUCCUCUGGAGGAGGUAAAAGGCUAGAACCGCUGUUUGGUUUGUGCCAACUUGCAGGUAAUCAACGUAUCAUCUAAACAAUUACGUCCAAGAAGUGCAAUUAAGGACAUCUCUCUGUGACGUUGCAGCAAACUUUGAUGGAGUAUGAAGAGGGCUCAGAAGUUCACGCAGUGCGCAGCACCGAGCAGUAAGGAGCUUACUGCUCUCCCGGCAGUGGUCCAAGAGCUGCUGACACAGAGGAGGGAGCACCAAGCAGCGAUCGGGCGCAGCUGUGGGCAGGCACAUCCCAGCGCAGCCGGGCCACGGGGAUGCUGAACAGCGCUGCGCCUCUCCGCCUGAUGUGCCAAGAUCUGGCUUGAGUGAAGUUUGACAAAAAAUGCUACAGCAGUUUUGUCUCUGGAAGUGGUUAGCUGUAGGGAUUGCCGUUGCUUCUAUCUUAGCAAGUUCCUUGGCUCAGAAUGAUGAAGAUUGCAAGUUGGCCAGAACAGGUCCUCCAGCCACAAUAGUUCCCAUUGAUGAAGAGAGUCGGAACGGCACAAUCCUGGUUGACAACAUGCUGAUCAAAGGGACAGCAGGGGGGCCAGACCCCACCAUUGAGCUCACCUUAAAGGACAACAUCGAUUACUGGGUGAUCCUUGAUCCCAUCAGCCAGAGGUUGUAUUUAAACAGCACUGGCCGAGUUCUGGACAGAGAUCCUCCUAUGUCCAUCCAGUCCAUUGUGGUGCAAGUCCAGUGUGUUAACAAAAAGGUUGGCACCAUUAUCAACCAUGAGGUACGGAUUGUGGUGAGAGACAGGAAUGAUAACUCACCUCAGUUCCAGCAGCAGCGAUACUACGUGGCGGUAAACGAGUUGACUCCAGUUGGAACAACCAUCUUUACAGGAUUUUCUGGAAACAGUGGUGCUACUGACAUCGAUGAUGGUCCGAAUGGCCAGAUAGAGUAUGUCAUCCAGUACAAUCCUAAUGACAAAACUUCCAACAGGACCUUUGAUAUUCCUCUCACUUUGUCUGGAGCAGUAGUUCUACGAGAGAGACUAAAUUAUGAGGAAAAGACUCGUUACUUCGUGAUCGUUCAAGCAAAUGACCGAGCCCAGAAUCUUCAUGAGCGAAGAACAAGUACAACCACCCUCACAGUGGAUGUACUGGACGGGGAUGAUCUCGGACCAAUGUUUCUUCCUUGUGUCUUGGUGAAUAAUACGCGUGACUGUAGACCUCUCACCUACCAAGCAAGCUUGCCAGAACUGACUGAUCCUGCACAUGUGAACCCAAUCAGUGUCACUCCACCCAUACAAGCUAUAGACCAAGACCGAAACAUCCAGCCUCCUUCUGAUCGACCGGGCAUCCUCUAUUCCAUCCUAGUUGGUGCUCCUGAGGAUUAUUCACAGUAUUUCCAUAUGAACCUCACAACAGCUGUACUCACGCUCCUGAAGCCAAUAAACAGGGAUUUGCACCAGAAGUUUGACUUGGUUAUUAAGGCUGAACAAGACAACGGCCAUCCUCUUCCCGCCUUUGCCAAUUUGCAUAUUGAAGUCCUUGAUGAGAACAAUCAGAAGCCUUACUUCACAAAAUCUACAUAUGAGGGCUUUAUCCUUGAAUCCUCCCCAGUGGGAACAACCAUCUCAGAUAGCCGGAAUCUGACUUCUCCAUUACAAAUCACGGUGUUGGACAACGAUGUUGAGGAGACCAAGGACCCUCAGCUCCAUCUCUUCCUGAAUGAUUACAAUACGUUUUUCACUGUGACCCAGAGUGGCAUCACCCGCUACCUCACCCUGCUGCAGCCUGUUGACAGAGAAGCCCAGCAGCUCUACACUUUCUCAAUGAUAGCUUCUGAUGGUGUGCAGGAGAGUACCCCAGUGACAGUCAAUAUUGUGGUGAUAGAUGCAAAUGACAAUUCCCCAACCUUCUCCAAUAUAUCAUACAAUGUCAAGAUUUACACAGAUAUGGGGCCUGGGGAAGACAUUAUAAAGCUCACUGCUGUAGAUGCGGACGAGGGACCCAAUGGACAGAUAGUGUAUGAAAUUUUGGCUGGGGAUCAGGGAGACUUCAUCAUCAAUGACCGAACAGGCCUUAUCACCAUUGCUCCAGGAGUUGUAUUGUCAGUGGGGCGAUCCUAUGCACUCACUGUCAAAGCAUCUGAUAGCGCUCCUCCUGCACAGAGAAGGAGCUCUAUUACUACUGUUUAUGUCGAGGUCCUUCCACCCAACAACCAGAGCCCUCCCCGCUUCCCCCAGCUGAUGUACAGCCUGGAAGUCAGUGAGGCCAUGAGAACUGGAGCCAUUUUGUUAAACCUGCAGGCUUUUGAUAGAGAGGGUGACCCUAUAAGAUACCUCAUUGAGAAUGGAGAUCCACAACAAGUUUUUAAUCUCUCUCAAAGUUCUGGACUGCUAGCUUUAGAAAAGCCCUUGGACAGAGAAAGCACUGAUCGCUAUAUUCUGAUCGUUACAGCCUCGGAUGGCAGACCAGAUGGGACUUCAACUGCUACUGUUAAUAUCGUGGUGACGGAUGUAAAUGACAAUGGGCCAGUUUUUGAUAUGUUUCUACCUAAAAAUCUGUCUGUACAGGAAGAGGAAGCCAAUGCUUUUGUUGGUCAAGUAAGGGCUACAGACCCGGAUGCGGGUGUUAAUGGUCAAGUUCAUUACAGCCUGGCAAACUUCAGGAAUCUGUUUCGAAUCACAUCCAAUGGUAGCAUAUAUACAGCAGUUAAGCUGAACAGAGAAGUACGAGACUAUUACGAACUUAUUGUUGAAGCAACAGAUGGAGCUGUGGACCCUCGCCGUUCAACACUAACUUUAGCAAUCAAAGUGCUGGAUAUUGAUGACAACAGUCCUGUUUUUACAAAUGCUUCCUAUGCUGUCUCGGUGCCUGAAAAUCUACCACCUGGCACUGUAUUCCUGCAGAUAGAGGCAAAAGAUGUUGAUCUUGGUUCUAAUGUUACCUAUCAAAUCCGGACGCAGGAAGCACUAGAGUAUUUUGCACUGAACAAGUAUACAGGCGAGUUAUCACUUCUGAAGUCCUUGGAUUAUGAGUCAUUCUCUGACACAGAUGCAACUUUCACCUUCCUCGUGGAAGCCUUCGACAGCAAGGGCACUAUGCCGCCGGGUCUUGCUACUGUCACUGUGAGGGUGAAGGAUAUGAAUGAUUACUCGCCAGUAUUUAGCAAGACCCUCUACAGAGGAAUGGUUGCUCCUGAUGCUGUCAAGGGCACUGUUAUCACUACUGUUUCAGCUGAGGAUCAAGAUCCUCCGGGCACACCAGCAAGUCGAGUCCGGUACAAAGUAGAUGUUGUCCAGUUUCCUUACAGUGCCAGCAUUUUUGAUGUGGAGGAAACCUCAGGACGUGUAGUAACCCGAGUAAACCUAAAUGAAGAGCCAAGUACAGUGUUUAAGCUAGUGGUCAUUGCAUAUGAUGAUGGAGAUCCUGUGAAGUUCAACACCACUACCAUAGAAAUUGCUGUACUUCAACCUUCAGUAAUCCCACGGUUCACGCAGGAUGAAUACAGACCCCCCCCAGUGAGUGAAAGCGCACCAAAAGGAACCGUGGUCACUGUGGUGACGGCAGCUGCCUUGAACCAGACUAUUGUAUAUUCAAUCGUGUCAGGAAAUGAAGAGGAUAUGUUUGCUAUUAAUAACAGAACAGGCGUGAUCUCGGUUAAAAAGCCUCUGGAUUAUGAAAGUGUGGCAAGUUACGAACUUCGAAUUCAGGCAGACUCGUUACAAGUGGUACAAUCCAACCUGCGUGUCCCAUCCAAAAGUAAUACGGCCAAAGUGUUUAUUGAAGUGAAGGAUGAAAAUGAUCAUGCACCUGUCUUUACCAAAAAAAUGUACAUUGGAGGAGUGUCUGAAGAUGCUAAGAUGUUUUCUUCUGUGCUUAAAGUUAAGGCUGACGAUAAAGACACUGGGAAUUACAGUGCCAUGCAAUACAGGCUCAUCAUUCCUCCAAUCAAGGAUGGUAAAGAAGGUUUUGUGAUUGAAGCUUACACAGGGCUAAUAAAAACUGCUAUGCUGUUCAAAAAUAUGAGAAGAUCCUAUUUCAAGUUUCAGGUCAUUGCAACUGACAAUUACGGAAAAGGUCUGAGCAGCAAAGCAGACGUACUUGUCUCUGUGGUCAAUCAGUUGGAUAUGCAAGUCAUCGUCUCUAAUGUUCCUCCCACCCUUGUGGAACAAAACAAAGAUCAACUCAUAGGGAUUCUGGAACGCUAUGUCCAAGAUCAGAUUCCUGGUGCAACCGUUGUGGUGGAAUCCAUUGGCGCACGGAGGUUUGGGGAUGGAUACUCUGAAGAGGAUUAUACCAAGUCUGACCUCAUGGUCUAUGCAAUUGACCCACAAACAAAUAGAGCUAUAAUGAGGAAUGAACUUUUUAAGUUCCUUGACGGCAAACUGCUGGAUAUCAAUAAAGAAUUUCAGCCGUACCUGGGACAGGGGGGACGCAUCCUGGAGAUCCGCACACCAGACGUGGUAGCAAAUGUCAAGAAGCAGGCGCAAGCUGUAGGCUAUACAGAAGGUGCAUUACUCGCUCUGGCUGUCAUUAUCAUCCUGUGCUGUAUGCCAGCUAUUUUAAUAGUAAUGGUCAGCUACAGACAAUUCAAAGAGCGACAGGCUGAGUGCGCUAAGACUGCAAGAAUCCAGAUGGCCCUACCAGCAGGCAAACCAGCAAGCACUGCUGCCAAUAACCUCUAUGAAGAGCUUGGUGACAGCACCAUUCUUUUUCUUCUCUACCAUUUCCAACAAAGCAGGGGAAAAAAGUCAGUCUUAGAAGAAGGAGAUCGGCAAAGAGUUAUAAGCAGCUUUGCUUCCCGUGCUAUUGAGGCUCACAAGCAAUCUAAUAUCAAUGGAUCACUGAACAAUAACCUCCCCAAAUCUUCAAGUAACAUAACUUUCUUAUCUGAUGAGAACCCACUAACUACUCAAAACCCAUUGUAUGUGGAAGGUGUCACUCGAAGUCCUGCUGCUGCUGGGUUACUGAGGAAAAGAAGUGAUGCCCUAGAUACUCUUUCUCCUAUGCAAUUAGUCUUGAGAGAUGCCUCUCUGGGAGGUAGUCAUCGUGCAUGGACAGUACCACCUCAUGUUACUAAAAGACACACGCCUGGUUCUGUGAGCAGGCCUGUUAUCAUGGACCCCAUUCAGUGGCAACAGGAAAGACUCAAAGCAGAGAAUGAAGGACUUGAAAAUCAGCAUAGAAGAGUUGAUAUUAGCGGUCCACUAUUUCAAAAAAUAAGUGGCCCCACAUUAACUGUAAAAGAGAAGGCAAGACAAUUUGAGCAGCAGGCUUUGCAGGAAAUGAAGCAAGUGAAAUCUCCUGAUGUGAAAUCCAUCCGUUCACCAACGCACAGCAUCUGUUUCCAAGAACGAGAGAACGUGCUAGAGCAGUCUCCUAAAAGUGUGGUUGCUUCUCCUUGCCUCUGCUCUUCUCCUCUGUCUUCUCCAACACCUUGUGCUGAAGUAGUAGAGCUGGAGCUCUCUGCAGUCCCCUCUGUAAUCAUCACUCACCAUGACUAUCCUGAAGAACUUUCUCCUCCACCAACUCGCAAGCCAACUCCUCCAUCUUUUAGGAUAAAGAAACCAGUUUGCCAAAGUUUUCUAGCUCCUCAGAGCAAAGGAGAAGUUACAGAAAACAUUCCAGACCCGCCUAAAACUCCCCCACCCCCGCCUCCUCCACCUCCAUCCCCUCCUCUUUUGCCACCACAUCCUCCAACUCUGUCCCCAGCUUCUCUUUCUUCUUCUUCAUCUCUUCCUAGCACCCAACACCUUUCCCCCACAAAGCAUUCAAAAUCCCCUGCCAAACAGCCAGCUGUACCACCACCGGCCACAGUGCCAGAGCCACCUCCCCGUAGGGAGCUGAAAGGUAUUCUUAAAAACAUUCAGAAUUUAGCAGCGAUUGAAAAGUCUGUGGCCAAUAUGUACAGCCAAAUAGACAAAAACCAUGUUCUGCCCAAGCACAUUUCUAAGCUCAAACCAGUUGCAACACCAGAGCUGCCAACUCCAGAGGCUGCGGCUGAGCACAACCAGCAGAACGGCAACUUGAGCUGUGUUGUGGAGGAGCUUGAGAAACGCUUUCCAUCUCAGUCGACAGCACUGUAAUAUUUUCAGUUUAAUGUUUUCUGCAUGUAACAAUUCUGAGUGCAAUGACUCUAAUGCAGCACAUGGCAUCUGCCUCAGACUCCAGAAAUGCAGAAUUUUUCCUUUUUUCUGCUAUCUAUUACUGCUCGGUCCUAAUCCUGAAAUUGAAAGACUUUAUCUUACCUGUUCACUCAGAAAUUUGUAAUGUACCAUUUUACAAGCUGUUCUCUCAGCACUGCAUCAUACUCUUCAGUGACAUUGGUUCUUAGUCUGUUUACCUAAAAGUCUUGCUGAAAACUGUCUAUUUGUUCUCAAGGUUCAGUCAAUGGUGGCAGAGGGCUUGAUAACUGCUUUACAUUAAGCUGCCCUUGCUGUAGGUAAUACCAGUAAGCAGAAUGAUUUUUCUGUAGCUGUAAUGGGAAUUCCUUGCUUGCCCAUAGAAUGUACUAUGUGGGAGGAGUCUAAUUGUCAAAUAUUGGAUGUCAAAGAAAGCAAGUACUGGUAGCAAGCAGGCUCAGCAAUAGUGAGCCAGAGUUGUUACAGUAAUACGUCUUUUGAUUCCAUGAGAGAUGGCGCAGUGCUCUGCUAUGCUGGCAUGCUUUUUUUUUUAGCUCACAUUUGCAUUUCCUAAGUCAAAAAAGGGUAUUCUCUUGAUUUGUUGGUCAACUCAGCUGAUUUCCUUUGUGUCACUUACACCAUGCCUUCCAUUGCAUUUUUUAUAUUGCAACUGCAUGUUUAAUGUUUUUAUUUUGUAAAUGAUUUAAUGUACAAAGCAUUUUUUUUUAUUUUGCACGUUCGUGUUGUUGAUGUCUCUUUUUAACUUUCAUGCUAUGAACUUCACAGCUGAAACAUCUUGCUCAUCUUAAAACGUAAUAAAGUCACUCUGAUUAGUGUCACCAAGUGAAGGUUUUUCAAGUGCUUGCAAAAAUCCAUGUAAUUUGCUUACUGACUUUUUUGCUCACAGUCAUCUAAAUCACACUUCUACAUUAAAUAUGUGAAUUUUACUAAAUUAGCUUGUCCUUUGAAACAAAUGGUAAGUAAAAGCAAUUUGGGCAUUUACAUGAAUGUUAAGUUGGUUCAACUUGCAAGUUUCAUUUCGUUCCUUGCCAAAAUGCAGAAUAUAUUUGUUUAAAAUGACUAUUUAAACCAAAAACCGAACACUGGGAUAGGCAGUUAUCACAGAAUGAAGAAAUACUAAAAACCACUUCAGUAUCAAAUGUUGCAAUUUGGAGCAAAAAGCUAAGGAAUUAUUUAUCAGACUGUCUGUAGAUACAUUCAUUGUUUCCACAGUGCUUGUCUUUUUUCUUUUUUCUCUCUUUUUUUUAAAUCUGUAAUUAGGACGUAUGUGUGCAGGUGGAAGCUGCUGAAGGUCGUUUCUCUUUCUUUAUCCCAAAGUCAAACUCCAUACAAGUUUUACUGACUUGAAUUUUAGAAUUAGAAUUUUUUUGUGCCUAAUAAAGUCUGUGCUCUUGUUGGUCUAGACUGUAAUUCCAAGACACAUAAUGAACAGCAACAGAAGCCAAAUGUGUGAGGGGAAUAAUUAUCUAUCACAGAAUGUUUGCCUUAAGAGUCUGUGUAAUUUACGAGAUUCACCUGUAUAUAUUAGCUGCCCAUGACGCUAAGUUUUCUGAGUGGCACAGCAACAGCAAAUUGUCAAAGUUUAGCAGCUAUUAGAGAAACGUUGAAGGUUUAAGUGCCAGAAUUGGAAGACAGCUUACUUGUAUACCUGCUGCUGUGUACCUGGUGUGGUCCAGGCAUGGAAGCAGUAAGACAAUUGAAACUGUGCCAAGUUGAGCAUGGGAAAUUGUUGUGCUGAAUGUGUCCGCAGUGGAUCAACUCUUACAUCAGAGAUUUGUAUUGAAGUAUCUGACUCCCACCUCAGAGCCUACAGACCCAUAAUAGAUACCUUUGUGAUGCUCAUUACAUCAACCAGUGAAAUAUUAGACAAAUGUGGCCUAAUUUUGCAGUGUGCAGUGUCACACAGUAGGGCUGCAGGUGUUUAGUAAUUCACAAGGUAAACUUCAAUGAUUUUAUUCAACUACAAUUAUUUGUGGCAUUCCUUAGGCAGAAAGGUCGGACAUCACACAAAAGCUCCUUUUCAAAUAUUUAGUUUCAUCUAGUCAGUCUCAGAAGAACCUGUGGAGGUCAUUGUAAUCAACUCUUCACUAAUGAGGAACACCUACUUUCUCUCAUUCUUGAUGCCCUUAUUAAUUUGAAGAGUUUAUGAAACCUAAUUUAUUUUUGUCUACAAUUAAUGCAACCUUGGUUCUCCUGUUCGUUUCUUGAAUAGCUUUUAUUAAAAAAAAUAAUUGUAUUAGACUGGGAAAGAAAUUGUACCAAUAGCAUGUAUUUUAACCCAUGCCAGGGAAGUUCUGUCCCAUAGAAAUGUCUGGAUGCUACUGCUGUUCUGCAGCACUAUGAAAUGUUAUAAACAGUAUGCUACUUGACAAAAAGUUAACCAUAUAUAAGCUUAUUGACCCUUCCCUGGGUUGUCAGAUUUGGUUAAUUGCAGACAGUUGUGAUCCUUGAUGUACCUCUGGUCCUUUUGUCAACAGCUUGACUGGGGUGAGUUCUGAGCAGGAACAGAGAUUGCUCAGUAGAGAACUCUUCUUCCCUUUGAGCUGUUUGCAAAGCUGAAAUUAAGCAGUAACCUAUCAUUACUCAUCACCCUUUCAGAUUCUUUUUCUCUUCAAGUUCAAGUUAUGAACUGUGGAAAACCUCCAUUUUAAAACUCUGGGCAAAUUGAUAAGCAGUUGCUUACGCUGAUUAGUAGCUGUAGUAUUUGGGUUAUAUGAUUCUUACACUUUUAAUGUGAAAACAGAUAAAAAGUAUGAAAUAGCAAAAGCCUGGUAGGAUGCCAGUAAUUGGGAAAAUUGUUGCUUUAGACAAACCACAAUUCCAAUUAACUCAUGUUAGCAGCACAGUCCUGUGAAAGGUUGCCACGUUUUCUACAUGUUAAGUACUAUGCAUGUAAAGUAGCUGGUGUAUUAUCCUACAUCAUCACAGGUGUAGCAUUCUUACUUUCUCUCAGGCUGACUGCAGUGAAGUCUUGGCUGCUAAUGUUUCUCCAGAAGCACUUUCUCCCUCAGUGGCAAGGCACUUUAAAUUCCUUCCUGGAAACAGACGAUGCCGUUUUGACCUUUGCCUUUUUGUCAGAAUAGAUCCUUGUGCUGUAUUGAAUGAAUGGACAUUUUUUUUUCUUUUUUUUUCUAAUCCUAGCCACAGAAAAUUAUAAAUAAGUGAAAUAUAAGCAACUCUUAAAAUACAGUGUUAUGCUAGUUUUAAGAAAGUUGAAUUCCAAACUAAAUUAUAUAUCCUUAUAUUAAAACUUUAAUUGGCAAUACAGUGACUACUCAAGAGCAAUUAAGAUUACUAGGUUUACUUAUCCCCUGUGCGACAAAAGACCUUUUCCUGAAGACUGCUGUAGGUGAUAUGGAAGCUAAAUACAGUGUUGCUCAAGUGGGCUUUGAAAAGUCACAUAUCAUCUUAUGAUCUUCAUUUCAGUUGUUCAUUAGUUUCAUAUAAUAUGGGCAACAGCAUUCAUAUAAUGCUGAUAAUCAAUUCCAUGUGUUGAAUAUUAAUAGGAAACUUUAGAGAUAACGGUAAAGAAUAAUAAGGACUUAUACUCUGUUCUUUCUUAUUUACUCAAGUGUAAGUAAUGGAUUCCCUGAGACUGUUGACUAUGCAGUAUGUUAAGUUCAGCAUACUUUUGAACAUUUUUUCUUCCCUUCUUAAAAAUAAUAAUAAUUUAAAACAAAAACAGUGAUACAAAGACUUAAAUUGCUAUUUGCUAUUCUUAAUCAUUUUAAUUUUCUGGCACAAAAUGUGAAGAUACAGACCUUGAUAGAUAUAAAUGCAUUUGUCAUGCAUGUGAAUGGCUCCAAGAAAAUGAAUUCAAAUAACCAAAAAAAUUUCCAGGCAUCAACAGCACAAAGCCUGUGGCACAAUAAUCAUAGAUAGCAAAAAUAAUAGCACUCCCCUCCUGCUGAGCAAGUGUUAGGAAAUGUGUAAUUAUGAUAAUAAUGUUGUUAAAUUACUAAUAGAAGCUUCAGGCCAAUUUCUAGCAAGUCCUGUGUAGAUAAUUUAAGAAGUAGAAGAUAAACUGUUUCACUGCUUGAAAAAGGUAUGUGAAAUAACAGUCUCUUUAUAGACGGUCUUUCUAGGUCUCUGAGACAACAGAGAAGGUGACUUGGCAGGACAUCUUUUGAGAACAGAAGGAAAACUAAGCCUAUGCUUGUUUAACCUUGAUUUACCCUGCUCCCCUUUGCUGUGUUGCACUGGGUGCACUGGCUCUCUGGCUUUUGGGGAUUAGGGAUUUCUUCUCUUUUGUUUGCAAUCUAAAGCAAGAAAAGAUCCCAAAGAUUCACUAGUCUUCCUCCUUAAACAAUUUGUAUGUGCAGAGCAAAUCUAAAGACAGACAUACUUUGCAUCGUAGAUAUGCAUUUCUUUUCUUGCUAGUAGUAUUUCUAAUUACAUUAUCUUUUCACCUCUCUCCAGAAAGAAUGGCAAUAUGCAUCUUUAUAUUGUCUAGCAGAAGUAUACUAAUGUUGUUUUUUUUUCUUUUUCUAAC